CUCCAGACAUAUGCCUUAGAUAAACGUAUUCGCAGCUUCACUCCGCUAUAUUUACAGCAGAUUUAUUUUUGUUUGAAAUGUUUUUUUUAUACUUUGUACAAGAAUAAAAAGUGGUAGACAUGUAAAUUGCGGGAAACGAGAAUGAGCAUCAUUUAACAUUGAAUUAACGACGAAACGGUGUACACAUGCUGGUCAAACAAACAGUUUUAAAUCUAUAAAAAUUGAGAAAAUUAGAUGAAGGGAAAAUUGGCCGAAAACGGAAAACCAAAAAAACCAAAAUAGAAAAAAAGAAACAAACAACAAAUACAAACAAAAAAGAAAAACAACACAAAACAAAACAAAAACUCUUCAUAUAAUGUUGGCCACAAAAGUUAUUGUUCAAUUAAUUGCUCAAUUUUAUUUAAAUUUUUAUACAUUUUCUAUAAAAGCCUGAUGUCAGUCAAUAAUUCUUGUUAUUUGCGUAUCACACUCUCCUGAAAUCAACAAUUCCAUUAAAUGCAAUUUUCAACUUUGAACUACUUGAAUGCAUUUAGUUAGUAACUACAACAACAACAACUAACUGCGUCAUUCAGCCAGAAUAAAUUACAAAAAUAAAAACAAAUUAUAAUAAUAACAGCAUUAAUAUUUAAUAAAUUAUUUAAAACUGCCUAUAAUUUAAAUAAAUAAAUAAAAAAACCUUAUAAAUAAAUAAAUAAAUAAUAUUUUCCAUAGAAAUAAUAAAUUUAAUCUGUCCUAUCCAAUCACAAUACACACCCACAAACCACAACCCACCAUUUAAACGUAAGAAGGAGACAGACCUGUAAUUAGCGACAUUGUUGCUGUUGUUUGUUUGUUUGUCAACGGCACUAAAUAAAUCCGCAUCAGCAGAAUCAAUAUCAAUAUAAUUGAUAGAAUAAUUAAUAAUCCAAUAUCCAAUAAAUAAUAACAAAACUGUGCAAUUAAGAACAAUAAUGGCCAUUAAUAUAUUGGAUUAUGAUCAUUAUGCCAUCAGUGCCAUAGUUACGGUCAGCAUGCAAAUAUUUUUCUUUCUAAUCAAUUCAAUACUUCAAAUGGACAAAUUAACCGACUUUGCCGGAGGUGUAAAUUUCAUUAUAAUAUCGCUGUUGACAUUCUUCCUGGGACAAAUAGAUCGCCCUUCAAAGGCCUACGAUAGUCGUCAGUUGAUGGUCACUUUAUUUGUGUGCCUUUGGGGCGCCCGUCUAUCUGGUUAUUUACUAUAUCGCAUUGUUAAACUGGGACGAGAUAAACAAUUCGAUGAUACACGUCGAAAUAUUAUUAGAUAUGCUGUAUUUUGGACAUUUCAGGCUGUUUGGGUAUAUAUCGUUUCAUUACCCGUCAUUAUUAUCAAUUCCCCACGUCAUUCUCAGCCAAAUGCUCCCAAAACAAUGACAACAUUGGAUUCAACUGGUACGGGUAUGUUUAUAGUGGGCUUGUUGGCUGAAACAUAUGCGGAUUUGCAGAAAUUUUCAUUUCGUCAGGAUCCUGCCAAUCAAGGAAAAUUUUGCAAUGACGGUCUGUGGAGAGUGUCUAGACAUCCGAAUUAUUUUGGUGAGGUGGUUAUAUGGUGGGGUAUUUUUGCAAUAUCACUCAAUGUCAUUUCUGGACACGAAUGGGUGGCAAUUGCCUCACCCAUAUUUACUACAUUUAUAAUAUUGUUUUUAUCGGGUAUUCCUUUAAGAGAAAGAUCAGCGGAUGAGAAAUAUAAAGAUCAACUGGAAUAUCGAAAAUAUAAAGCGUCCACAUCGCCACUGAUACCUGUACCACCAUCUGUAUACGUCGAGGUACCGGCUGCAUUGAAAUUCAUUUUAUGCUGCGAAUUUCCCAUUUAUGACACAAUGAAAAUACAAAAAGACAUUAGCCCAUAUUCACUUUCAAUUGCAAGAUCCCACUCACACAUAUAGCAGUCAAUUGCCCACUCUGGUAGUGGGCAACAAGGCUUCCAAGGCACCGUUGGCCAUUCACUACAGAAAUAUGGUGAAACGGGUUCGAUGCAUAGGGGACACUGUUAUGGCGCUAAUGGGGGAGAUGCUGAGAAUCAUAUGAACUGCGGCGGCAGUUGUCGCAAUUCAUAUAUCAAAACAGCAAAUCCUUAUCAAAAUGGUUCGGGCUAUGCGGCUAGUUAUGGCCACAAUAUGAACGAACUGGGGCAACCACCUCACCAGACACAACCACAACCACAUCCACACCAGCAACAUCAACAUUCACAUCAUUCGCAUCCACAUCACCAUCAUAUGCAUCAUCAUCUUCACCAACAAACACCGCAACAGCAGCAGCAGCACCAACCCAUGGUACCCAAAGCUUUAGAUGUGGACGAUGAUACAGAUGAUGGUAUCAUCUAUAUGCCGGGGCCAUCAUCUUCCAAAAAGCAGCCACACUAUUUCCCACCCUCACACACACACUCGAUCGACUUUGAGGAGCCCUCCUCGAUCAUCGAUGUCGAGGAACAAAUCGAGCCUGAAUUGGAGGAGGACUACGAUGAAGACAUACCGCCAAUUGACUUGAGCAAACCGCCCAGCGUGGAGAGCUUUGUAAAUAAAAUUCGAACGGAAAAGGAAGUACAAAUUAAUGCCGAAGGUAAAUCCAUAACUGUAACGACAAUAUUGUGAUUUCAUUUCUAUGUGUUGUGCUCGUAUGCGUACUCGUAC